GGUUUGAUUACUGAACACCUUUUCUCGCGUCAUGGACGCGGCACGCGUCUUCCGUUUCCCGGUGACUUUCCUCCAGCAAACCACUAAACCAUCACAACCAAAUUUUGACAUCAGACAUCUUGAAAGUCAUCUCAUAUCUGUAGUGCUACAUUAUCAUGGCUUCGGAUCCAGCAUCGCAGGUCUCGAUUGGAGCUCUUAGCGCUAUCUUCGAUGAGACCAAGCCCCAGAUACAGGAACCUAUUGUUCAGUGUGUUCAGAUUAAGCCACUGCCGCCCCAGCAGAACAACCAAGAACGUUUCAGGGCUGUCUUCAGCGAUAUUUCAAAUUAUGUCCAGACUAUGCUCGCUACUCAAUUGAACCACAAGGUGACAAGUGGCCUGCUUCGCAAAGGAUGCUUUGUCAGGCUGAAGUCAUUUCAGGCAAAUGCUGUGAAAGGAAAAAAGAUUCUCAUUAUUCUUGACCUGGAUGUUCUCCAAGACUUGGGUGAAAGCGAGAAACUCGGAGAACCGCGACCGUUAGAGAGUAAGGGCGAAGAAGAAGAAAAAGCACAACCAACAACAAUAUCGAGUAAUGGGUUUUAUGGCUCUAAGCCCCAAGCUGCACCAGUGCAGUCUAAUCACCGAACGCAAACGACUCGGACAGGUCUUCCUUCAGCAGCUCAUACAACUAUCUAUCCAAUCGAAGCCAUUUCCCCAUACUCGCACAAAUGGACAAUCAAGGCUCGCUGUACAAGCAAAUCAACCAUCAAAACGUGGCACAACAGAAAUACGGAAGGUAAAUUAUUUAGCGUAAACUUGUUGGAUGACAGCGGUGAAAUCCGCGCAACAGGGUUCAAUGAUCAGUGUGACAUGCUCUACGAUGUCUUCCAGGAGGGCAGUGUUUAUUAUAUCUCGAACUGUCGUGUCCAGAUCGCCAAGAAGCAAUUCACAAAUCUGAACAACGACUACGAACUAACCUUUGAAAGAGACACUGUUGUUGAAAAGGCGGAAGACCAGAGCGAUGUGCCACAAGUGCGGUUCAAUUUUACUACAAUUGGCGAUCUCCAAUCAGUGGAAAAAGACACUACAAUUGACGUUAUCGGCGUGCUGAAAGAGGCUGGCGAAGUAUCUCAAAUCGUCUCAAAGACCACAAGCAAACCCUAUAACAAGCGUGAAUUGACCCUUGUUGACAAUACCGGGUACUCAGUCCGGUUGACUGUCUGGGGCAACACAGCAAUGAACUUUAACACCCUACCCGAGUCAGUGAUGGCGUUCAAGGGUGUUAAGGUUUCCGACUUCGGAGGACGAAGCCUAAGUCUGCUGAGUUCAGGUUCGAUAACAGUAGACCCUGAUAUCGAAGAGGCUCACAAGCUUAAGGGCUGGUAUGAUGCACAAGGAAGGGAUGGUGCUUUCACGUCCCAUGCCUCCAUGUCGGGUUCAGCGACGUCCGCCGCAAGGCCUGAUCACUUUAAGACCAUUGCCCAGAUCCGGGAAGAGCAACUGGGAAUGUCUGACGAGGCAGUCUACUUUUCACUAAAGGCGACUGUUAUCUACAUCAAGCAAGACAACAUAUGUUACCCCGCAUGCCUUUCAGAAGGCUGCAAUAAAAAGGUGACGGAGCUUGAUCCUGGCCAAUGGCGUUGCGAGCGUUGCGAUAAGACACACCCGCGACCAGAAUAUCGCUACAUAAUGCUUGUUAAUGUUAGCGACCAUACUGGUCAACUUUGGUUGAGCUGCUUUGACGACGUGGGAAGACUGAUGAUGGGCACGACGGCAGAUCAGUUGAUGGAGCUGCGACAGGCAGACGAAAGAGCGGCGGGUGAACUGUUUCAAGACGCCAAUUGCCGUACGUGGAAUUUCCGAUGCAGGGCUAAGAUAGAUCACUUUGGUGACCAACAGCGAGUUCGAUACCAAGUAUCAUCGGCCAGAUCAAUCAACUACACCGAGGAAGCUUCACGCCUGGCAGAACAGAUUGACUCGUAUAAUUUGUCUUGAAGACAUUCAUUAUUCAGACCGAUGCACUACUCUGAUUUGCUUUCAGUAAAUCAGCCUAAUAAUCAACCUGAGUUUGCGAAUGUGAUUUCAUUUAUCAUGAGCAUAACUGACAUGCCCGCGCCUGACUUCAAACUGCCAGGGCUCGCAUCCGUCGUUGUGUUCUAGUGAUCAAUCCCAAUUAUAAUACAUGCCCC